CUGGAUUUAGAAGUGACGUGUUGAACUUUGUUUUGAUUUGGUUUCAAUUUAAUUGAAACAUUUCUAUCUUAAUAGUUAAUAAAUUAUAGUGAUAUAAGAAAAUGUCGCAAUUCGGUGGACCCGAUGAUUUCUAUGGCGGUAAUCAAGGAGAUACCAGCUAUAACUUUGACAUGCCCGAAUUUGGACAAGAACUUAACUUCCAAACCUUCGACAACACACAGGCCUCAGUGCCACCAAGUUUUGAAGCGCCACCGCCGCAGCAGGGUCUAGGCGGAUUCUAUGAUCCUACAGCGUAUGCGGAUAAUUCCUAUGCUCAGACCAAAGCCGUUGGCGGUGCUGACGGGGCGGGGACUGAUUUCGAUGACGAGCCACCGCUACUGGAAGAACUUGGCAUCAAUCCUAAUCACAUAUUCCAAAAGACACUGGCCGUGCUGAAUCCUCUUCGUGGGACUGAUCAACAAAUACUUCAGGAUACUGAUAUGGCUGGACCUUUAGUAUUCUGUUUAACCCUUGGCGGAUUUCUUUUACUGCAAGGCAAAGUGACUUUUUCUUAUAUAUAUGGAAUCGGUGUGAUGGGCUGCAUUUUCUUCUAUUGUCUGCUGUCACUGAUGGUUACCCGGUCACAGGUGACCUUUGGCGCAGUGGCCUCUGUGCUGGGCUAUUGUCUACUGCCCAUGGUUGUAUUGUCGGGCAUCAACAUUUUAAUCACCAUUCAGGGCACACUCGGCCUAAUUGUGAGCGGCAUCUCCAUAUUCUGGUGUGCCAUAUCGGCCUCGAAACUAUUUGCCACUGCAUUCUCUAUGGACCAUCAACAGCUGCUGAUUGCCUAUCCGUGUGCUGUACUCUAUGGAGGAUUUGCGUUGAUUACCAUUUACUAGGCCGCCUGAAGGCAGCGGUACACAUGUGUGUAUGUGUACGUGUGUCUUUAUGUGUGCAGGACAAUUAAAACCAUGCCAAUGCAUAACAACAACAUCAACAACAACAGCACACACACACACCCACACACACACACAGAGAUCGAAACACUCAUAUACAUAGAUAGAGAGAAAGACCAACAUGAAAAUAUUUUAAGAAAAUAAGCGCCGAUUGCGAAUUUGUUUUUCAUAUUUUUCUUCCUCUCUCAACUCACUUCCCUUCUGUGGCCCUCCUUUUAUUUUAUUAUUUUUUUUUUUUUGUGUGUGAAACUCGGCCAUGUAAUAAAUUUGAUUGAGAAACAACAAAGAAACCAAAAAAGGUUAA